GAGAAAAUUGGCUAGAAAAUUGGCUGCAAUGGGUUUCACCAUGAAACUCAGCGUGUCGAUACUAUCAUUCAUGGCGAUAUUCUCUACAAUAGCAAAUUCAUUCCCGUUAUCUCGAAGGGGGCAACAACAAAUCGAACCGAGACAAGUGUCAUACUCAGUCGUUCUCGUUGGUGGUGGUGGCACGACAAGUGCAACAGCCGCACCCUCAGGUCUCCUUGUCACAGUUCCUUUUCCGGUUACAAAAACAGUCUCCUCCGUGGUCACAGUAACUAAGACUUCUACACCAACAUCAACUCAGAGCACAUCAAGUGAAACGCCAAACUUCUUCACACGGACGACUAUGCCACCAGCCUCUCCGCCUCAAAUAACAUCUUGCCCUUCGACAUCUUCCCCUUCGACAUCUGCAUCUCCAACCACAUCCUAUGCAUAUCCAACCGCAUACUAUCCAUAUCCAACCGCACCAUAUGCAUAUCCAACCACAUCACAUGCAUCCCCUUUCCAGCGACUCGGUGCCCUCCAACCUGGGCGGCCAACCGGUCGGCGCUUUUCGCAGCCGUCGCACGCAGCGCUCAAAAUUCCCUACCCUCUUCCGUCCCACCUGCCCCUGUCGAGACACGGCUCGAGGAAUGGAACAUAUCAUGUACCAAUGCCAAGUAGCCGGUUUCUAAAUUAAGACGCAAGUGGAAUGAAUGCGCAUGAUGACUUAACGGCCGAUGAAAUGGAUGAAUGUUGAAAAUCAAUGUGAGUUGCUCUGGGUGGCGGGCUUUUGACAGUAAUUUUU